ACGUGUCGGCCGGGGCCGCGCAGCGACAGGCGCUGCUGCCCCUGGUCCUCUCGGAACAGCGCCUGGCCCGGGGCCGGCCCGGCGGCGUCAUGGCCGGGACCAGCAGCCCCGAAGCCGUGAAGAAGCUGCUGGAAAACAUGCAGGGAGACCUGCGGGGCCUGAGCCUGGAGUGUCGGAAAAAAUUCCCCCCCGUCAAGGAGGCUGCUGAAUCAGGAAUAAUAAAAGUGAAAACAAUAGCUGCACGCAACACUGAUAUUUUGGCAGCAUUGAAAGAGAACAGCUCAGAAGUAGUUCAGCCUUUUCUCAUGGGUUGUGGAACAAAGGAACCAAAGAUCACUCAGUUGUGUCUAGCAGCCAUACAGAGGCUCAUGUCCCAUGAAGUUGUUUCAGAGGCUGCAGCAGGAAACAUUAUUAAUAUGCUUUGGCAAUUGAUGGAGAACAGCCUUGAAGAACUUAAAUUGCUCCAGACAGUUCUUGUACUUUUAACAACCAAUACUGUUGUGCAUGAUGAAGCACUGUCCAAGGCAAUUGUACUUUGCUUUCGAUUGCACUUCACAAAAGAUAAUAUCACAAAUAACACCGCGGCAGCUACAGUGCGGCAGGUGGUUACUGUUGUAUUUGAGAGAGUGGUUGCUGAAGAUGAACGAUAUAAAGAUAUUAUUGACCAACCAGUUGCAGUUCAAGGAAAUAGUAACAGAAGAUCUGUCAGUACACUGAAACCAUGUGCUAAGGAUGCAUAUAUGCUUUUUCAGGAUCUCUGUCAGUUAGUUAAUGCCGAUGCUCCUUACUGGCUUGUGGGUAUGACAGAAAUGACCCGGACAUUUGGCCUCGAACUUCUUGAGUCAGUCCUCAAUGACUUUCCACAAGUGUUUUUACAACAUCAGGAAUUCAGUUUUCUUCUUAAAGAAAGGGUAUGCCCUCUAGUUAUAAAGCUCUUCUCCCCAAAUAUCAAAUUCAGGCAAGGUUCCAGCACGUCAUCUUCCCCAGCACCAGUGGAAAAACCAUACUUCCCCAUCUGUAUGCGUUUGUUGAGAGUAGUUUCUGUUUUGAUUAAACAGUUUUACAGUUUGCUGGUAACAGAAUGUGAAAUCUUUCUGUCAUUGCUGGUUAAGUUUCUGGAUGCAGACAAACCACAGUGGCUAAGAGCUGUUGCAGUAGAAUCUAUUCACAGGCUUUGUGUGCAGCCUCAGCUAUUAAGGUCCUUUUGUCAAUCGUAUGAUAUGAAGCAACAUUCCACUAAAGUUUUCCGUGAUAUUGUGAAUGCAUUGGGGUCCUUCAUCCAGUCACUAUUUCUUGUAUCAAGCACAGGGAACACAUCAGCAACACCAAACCAAACUGGUAAAGCCUUGUCCUUACUCUCAGUUUAUUUUUCCAUCAUUUUCUUUUUGGAAAUGCUGGACAAAGUAGAGCCACCUACAAUCCCUGAAGGCUAUGCCAUGUCAGUGGCAUUUCACUGUUUACUGGAUCUUGUCCGUGGUAUCACUACCAUGAUUGAAGGAGAGCUGGGAGACACAGAAACAGUCACUCCAACCACAGCAGAGACAACUUCAUUACCGACGCAGUCUUCAGAGCAGCAAGAUUUGCAGUCUCUUUCUGAUCAAUCAGAGAAAGAACUAGUUAGCAGAGCUGUCUGGGAAGAAAUGGUGAAUGCUUGUUGGUGUGGUCUUCUGGCUGCUUUAUCCCUCCUACUUGAUGCAAGUACUGAUGAAGCUGCCACUGAAAAUAUUCUAAAAGCAGAAUUGACCAUGGCUGCACUUUGUGGAAGACUGGGUCUUGUAACAUCAAGAGAUGCCUUUAUCACUGCCAUUUGCAAAGGAUCCUUGCCUCCUCACUAUACCCUUACUGUAUUAAACAGCACAACUGCAGCUCUGUCCAGCAAAUCAUAUUCCAUUCAGGGACAGAAUGUUCAAAUGAUUAGUCCCUCAAGUGAGUCUCAUCAGCAAGUUGUAGCAGUAGGGCAACCCUUAGCUCUUCAGCCACAGGGAACAGUAAUGUUGACGUCAAAAAAUAUCCAGUGUAUGAGGACAUUACUCAACUUAGCUCACUUCCAUGGAGCCGUUCUUGGUACAUCUUGGCAACUUGUCCUGGCUACUCUUCAGCAUCUUGUGUGGAUUCUGGGACUGAAGCCUAGUGUUGGAGGUGCAUUAAAACCUGGAAGAGCUGUGGAAGGGCCCAGUACAGUUCUGACUACAGCAGUUAUGACUGAUCUGCCAUCUAUAUCCAGCAUGAUUUCAAAGCUUUUUGAAAACUCACAGUACCUUGAUGAUGUGUCUUUACAUCACUUAAUAAAUGCCCUUUGCUCCUUGUCUCUGGAAGCCAUGGAUAUGGCCUAUGGAAACAAUAAGGAACCAUCGCUUUUUGCUGUUGCUAAAUUACUGGAAACAGGACUAGUUAACAUGCGCAGGAUUGAGAUUCUUUGGAGACCUCUGACCGGUCAUCUUCUGGAGGUCUGUCAGCAUCCUAACUCCAGAAUGAGAGAAUGGGGAGCAGAAGCUUUAACUUCUCUCAUUAAAGCAGGGUUGACAUUCAGACAUGAUCCUCCGUUGUCUCAAAAUCAGAGGCUGCAGUUGCUUUUAUUGAAUCCACUAAAGGAGCUGUCAAACAUUAGUCAUCCUGAUAUCAGGAUCAAGCAGUUGGAGUGUGUGCUACAGAUUUUACAGAGUCAGGGUGACAGCUUAGGACCUGGUUGGCCAUUGGUGCUUGGAGUCAUGGGGGCAAUCCAAAGUGAUCAGGGUGAGUCCUUAAUACGGACUGCAUUCCAGUGUCUUCAGUUGGUUGUGACCGACUUCCUUCCAACAAUGCCAUGUACUUGUCUACAGAUAGUUGUUGAAGUUGCUGGAAGCUUUGGACUUCACAAUCAAGAGCUAAAUAUUAGCUUAACUUCAAUUGGUUUGUUGUGGAAUAUUUCAGAUUAUUUUUUCCAAAGAGGCGAAAUAAUUGAAAAGGAACUAAACAGAGAAGAAGCAGUGUUGCAGAAACAGGCGGAAGAAAAGGGAGUGAUGCUGAAUAGACCUUUUCAUCCUGCAUCACCAUUUGACUGUCUUUGGUUAUGCCUGUAUGCCAAACUUGGAGAACUGUGUGUGGAUCCCCGACCUGCAGUUAGAAAGAGCGCUGGACAGACAUUGUUUUCUACUAUUGGUGCUCAUGGAACUUUAUUGCAACAUUCAACAUGGCACACAGUAAUAUGGAAGGUUUUAUUUCACCUGUUGGAUAGAGUUCGAGAAUCUUCUACCACAGCUGACAAAGAGAAGAUUGAAUCAGGAGGAGGCAACAUUCUCAUCCAUCAUUCAAGGGAUACAGCUGAGAAACAGUGGGCCGAGACAUGGGUAUUAACACUGGCUGGAGUUGCAAGAAUAUUUAACACCAGGAGAUACUUACUGCAGCCUUUAGGAGACUUUUCUCAAGCCUGGGAUGUUCUUCUUGAUCACAUCCAAUCAGCAGCACUCAGCAAAAAUAAUGAGGUUUCCUUGGCUGCUCUGAAAAGCUUCCAGGAGAUCUUACAAAUUGUUUCUCCUGUUCGUGACUCUGAGAAGCCUGAGACACCACCUGCCAUCAAUGUUUCUGUACCUCUGGUGGUAGGGGCAACAACUGCCACUAGUCUUGGUAGAUCAUUCAUGAGAACUGACUCCAUAGGAGAAAGAAUAGGAAGAUAUAAUGGAUCUGAACCACCUGUAAUAACAGAUGAGAUUGAAGAUUUGAAUCUUUGGUGGGCAGCCUGGAACAGCUGGUAUAGGAUUGGUUCCGAAAGUACAAGGCCUCCAAUUACUUGUGAUAAAUUGACUUUCAUUCCGAGCCAGCCUUUUCUUACAGCUUUAAUUCAGAUAUUCCCAGCUCUUUACCAACACAUCAAAACUGGUUUCAGUAUGGAUGAUCUCCAAAAGCUGGGUGUCAUUUUGCAUGGUGCUGUUUCAGUUCCAAUCAGUUCAGAUGCUUCCCCUUUCAUCCUUCCAUCUUACACUGAAGCAGUUUUGACAAGUUUACAAGAAGCAGUGCUUACCGCUUUAGAUGUUUUACAAAAGGCUAUAUGUGUGGGCUCAGAAAGUAUGCAGAUAAUGUAUCCUGCAAUCUUUGACCAACUGCUGGCCUUUGUAGAAUUUUCGUGCAAGCCUCCACAGUAUGGACAGCUGGAAACAAAGCACAUUGCAAAUGCAAAGUAUAAUCAGAUACAACUAUUUGCACCGGCGGAAUGGGUAGCAUUGAAUUACGUACCAUUUGCUGAGAGAUCUUUGGAAGUUGUGGUGGACUUAUACCAAAAGACAGCUUGCCAUAAAGCUGUGGUAACGGAGAAAGUUCUUCAGAACAUUAUUAAGACACUAAGAAUACCUCUCAGUCUGAAAUACUCCUGUCCUUCUGAAAGCACAUGGAAGCUAGCUGUUUCCUCUCUUCUCAGAGUUCUCUCCAUUGGACUACCUGUUGCAAGGCAGCAUGCAUCUUCUGGAAAAUUUGACAGUAUGUGGCCAGAGCUAGCAAAUACUUUUGAAGACUUUUUAUUCACAAAAAGUACACCUCCUGAUAAUCUCUCAAUUCAAGAAUUUCAGAAGAAUGAGAGUAUUGAUGUUGAGGUGGUGCAACUUAUCAGCACAGAGAUACUGCCAUAUGCUAAUUUUAUUCCUAAGGAAUUUGUUGGUCAAAUAAUGACUAUGCUUAAUAAAGGUUCAAUACAUUCUCAGUCAUCCUCCUUUACAGAAGCUGAAAUAGAUAUUCGAAUGAGAGAGGAGUUUUCUAAGGUGUGUUUUGAAACACUGCUCCAGUUUUCAUUCAGUAAUAAAGUCACAACUCCUCAGGAAGGCUACAUUUCUAGGAUGGCACUUUCUGUGCUCUUGAAAAGGUCACAGGAUGUAUUGCAUCGCUACAUAGAAGAUGAGAGAUUGAGUGGCAAAUGUCCUCUUCCACGGCAGCAAGUAACAGAAAUCAUAUUUGUUUUAAAAGCUGUCAGCACUCUCAUAGAUUCACUUAAAAAAACUCAACCUGAAAAUGUUGAUGCUAGCACAUGGGCACAAGUUAUUGCCUUGUACCCGACUUUAGUAGAAUGUAUUACCUGCUCAUCCUCAGAAGUGUGCUCUGCUCUGAAGGAGGCACUGGUUCCUUUUAAGGACUUCAUGCAUCCACCAGCAUCCAAGGUACAAAAUGGAGAGUCUUGACCCCAUAAAACUUCUUUUUUAUUCUUGAAGGGAAAAAAAGUAUCCAAAAAUGUUUGUUCCCGGGUGAAGUUUCUCUGAGGAAAUCUCUUGUGACUAGUACUUUGGCAACUGUGCUGACUGCCUUUUAACUGUACUAACAAGAGCUCAGUAAGUCAUGAAUAUAGGCUAUAUCUCAAAGGUUCCAGAGUGAGUAGCAGUGCAAACCUAUAAUAAAUUUAACUGACUAGUUGGAAUCAUUUAUAAUCUAAUGUACUUGCUACAGUAUCUUGAAGUGGUGAUUGAAAAGUGGGCUUAUGUACAGCUUGUUGUGUAUGUGUUAAUGAUGUAAUUAAAAAUAUUUCAAUUCAGUCAGAUUUAUUAGGCUGGUGUUUUGCACCCUUUUUUUGAAGUACGAAUUGUACUAAAAUUUUAUGCAAGAUGGUACUGUAACAUUCCAUAUAUCUGUAACCAGCCUUUGUAAACAAAGGGAACUGAUAUACUUGUGUGUAUAAUAAAUGGUACAGUUCUGUAUAAAAUAGUUGCAUUUAUUAUUUAAAUUCUUUUUAAAAUAUUGAUAAUGUCAAAUGCUUGAAAAUGUAUUUAUUAUGAAUAAGUUGUAUGCUUGCAUUUUUACUUACAGUUUGCCUUCUAAAUUGCCAGAUAUGCUCAUUCAUAUCUGAUCAUGUUAUUAAUUUUUGCUUAAUUGAAUGUAUCUUCUUUGUGGCCAUUGGACAUCUACAGAGGGUCAUAUAACAGAAGAUUGCAACAAGCAGUCACAGUCUGCUGAUCUCAAACUUCAGAGUAGUUGACCUGAAAUAAGUUUUAAUAUGCAGAAAUCCACUGUAGCACUUCAAGACUACCAUACCUCACUUCAUAAUAUAUUUUUUCAAGAUGUUUGUUUUACUUAACUCUAUCCAUUUUUGUAGUUGCAGCCUUGCUUUAAAAAAAACCCCAAACAUAUUUGAGGAUUGUUAGCCUUUUUUGGCCUUCUUAGCAAGUAUCACAGUCUUUGAAUCAUGACCCAAGAAAGGUGAUUUCAAGUAUCUAAAAUACUUGGCUGUAAUACUGUGUUCAGUAAUUCUAAGUGCUUUGUUUUGUAAUGUCUUUUCAACCCAAACAAAUUGUUCUAAUCUUUUAAUUAUAAACUGUGUCUGGUAAAAACCGCGAGAAGUGUAGUUUUGAAGAUAGUUACUCAUUUAGAAAUGCAGUAAAAUUUAUCAUUAAGUAAAUGUGAAUGUUUCACUUUCACGUAAUACACAAUUGAAGUAAAACACUUUUAACAGUAUUGUUUUUUAAGUUUGUGAUCUAGCAUUUAAACUGUUCUUUAAUUCAUUUUGAUUUCAGUAAUGUUUCACCUGUAUUCACAUAUUUUUAAUCUGUGAUGUGAAAGCACAAAGGCCAAAUAUAUAUUAAAAAAAAAGACAGGUGCCUUCCUAUGGAUUUCAGAGCUUAUAUUUAGGGUUUUGUUUCUUCAAGUCUUUUAUAGAUAUUAAAAGAGAUUGUCAUGCAUAAGAAAUGGUAUUACAUCUGUUUGCUUUGCACUUUCCUGGCUAAAGGGACAUUGAUUGGUCCAUAUGAACAGGUGUAAAAGUUGGAAGCUUCAAGCUGAAGAUGUGAUGAACUGGUCAGGGCUACCCUGCAUGAAUAAUGUUCUUCAAGCAGGGCUUUGGACAGGUUGCUCCCACAGGGCUCCAGUUUAUGGUCCUUUUUAAAAGCUUUCUAUUUCAAAGUACAGUAAAUAUUAAAGAGGCUUCAAGACCUUGCACAUUUCUGUGACCGUAGUUGCAUAGAACUUAAUUGUGAAGCGUGGAUAGUUUUAAGAGAACAUACAGUUUACAUUAAAGAAACAAGUUCUUCUCA